AUUAAAAGACGAGUUAGUGUACAUUCGAGACUCCUCCGGUUGGUUUGUUGUUGUUGUUGUCCUGCUGUCAAUCAAAGAGGGGCGGACGCUCAUCUCGAAUCUGCUAGUUUAGCCGAUUAGCCAGCUGCGAUUUCUUUAGCUAAGCAGCCGAUGCGGGAAGUCCAACAAAAGUUGCCGUUUGGUUCCAAUUCGGCUUCUUAAUUUCACGCCAGCGGCUUUCCAAAGGCGGACAUGAGUUCUUCGGGCUCCCCGACAAUUGGGGAGCUAUUCCACACGCUUGGCGAAAUGGGCUUCACACCGGAACAGAUCCAGGCAGCAGUGCAGGCCGGUCAUUUUUCCGUGAUGGACGCGGCUGAGUGGCUCCUGCAGGGUCAUCAGCAUCCACGACACAGUUUGCUCAAGCAGCCGACGGGGCCAGCGGAAACGGCUUUUGCGGCUUUCAACCCUCCUAUAGAGCCGGCCAGCGCGUCCGAAUCGCGUGCAUCUGCUGCUGACUUUCCAGCAAGCGGCUCAUUAGUGCUGAGGCCGACGCAGAAGAUGUCCCCUCCGUCCCGAGAGCUGCCCCCUGUCGAGUCGCGCAUCAAACAGGACAAGAGCGACUUUGAGGAGCAGCAGAGGCAACGCGUGGCUCAGGAGGCCAGGGCGGAGCGCCGACAAAAGAAACAGGAGCGAGAGUUGGUGCUGAAACGCAUCGCCGAUGAUCGGAGGAGCUUGCAGGAGAAGAAGGGCAGCCAGUCUGGCGCUGCGGCAGGGGCGGCAUCUCCGUCCAGUGCGAGUCAAGGGCAAACUUUGGGUGGGAAGGUUCAAACUAAUGUGGAUAACAACUGUAUCCUCAUGAUCCGGCUGCCGUCCGGUGAGUCCAUGCGCGAACGCUUUCCGGCUGACGCCCCGCUGCGCAGCGUUGUGGAGCACAUUACCGGACGUCACCCCUCCCUCCCCACCUUCUCUCUCCUCCAGGGGUUCCCACGGAAACGCUUUGGGGAGGCCGAGCUGGCCUGCUCGCUGCGCUCCCUCGGCCUCACGCCCAACGCCGCUCUUUGCAUUCAGACCACUCCCCCGGAGACCCCCCAAGACCCGGCCGGCCCCCCGGAACCCGCCUCGGUCGGGCUCGACCGGCAGGCGCCCUCUCCGGUGCGGCCUGCUCCUCAGGUCCCUGUCCAGGAGGGGGCAGGAGGGCCGGACCUUGCCAUACCGCCUCUGCUGCCCAACCACAUGUGGGACGAGGCCGCCAGUCUUGCGGGGAUCCCCGGAGGUGCUCCUCUGCAUGGACCCUCUCACUUUUGGGGGCGAGGCCAAAAGUUGGUUCCUGGCAAUCCUGAGGAAGCUGCUGACAUACAACUCGAACAGGAAGAAGAGGAGGAGGAGGAGGAGGAGGAGGGAGAAGAAGAUGGAGAAGAGAGAGAAGCGCUUUUGCUUAACGCUAUGCCGCGGCUGCCUUUCUUCCCGGAGAACAGGAACCGCAGCGGCUUCGAGUCCCGACACCGCUGGCCCGAGCAGGGCAACCGACUCAGAGAGGCCCCGGAGGACGCGGCGGCCGAACCGGAGGACGCGGCGGAUCGGGCGGCGCCCGGAGCCGCCGGUCAGGCCGCCGUGGAGCGUCUGCAGCGGGCGGCGCGGCGCGAGGGCCCCGGCCACGACACGUACGGGCAGCCGCUUCCGCCCAAGAGGUCCUUCAAGACCCCCAGCGUCUCCUCGCUCUGUGCCUUGGCCACGCGCGCCACAGUCCACCUCAUGACGGCUCCCAGCAUGCAGUACAGCAGCAGUCUGGCCGGCCUGACGCCCGAGCUGGCGGAGCUUCUGCUGAGCCACAUGGCCCAGGAGCGUCUGCUGCGCCCGCGCAACCUGGAGCAGUUCUUCGGCUGCCCGCUGCAGAAGUUUGUCCUCAACUGCUACCCGUACGCCACCAACGAGCUGCUGCGCCAGCUGCGCGCCUUCACCGCGCUCAAGCACCUCAGCCUGGUCAACUCGCCGCUUAUCACUGAUUCUGGCUUGUCAAUCCUGUCCAGCCUGGUUAAACUGCAGUACCUCAACUUGGCGUCCUGUAGCAAGCUGACCGACUCCUGUCUGCAGUACAUCACAGGUCUGAAAAGCCUGUGCUUCCUGUCGCUGGACCAGACCAAAGUGACGGACGCGGGCGUGACGCUGUACCUGCGCUCGGCGCCGCCGUGCCUCUCGCAGCUCAGCCUCAACCAGACGGCGGUCGGCGAGGCCACGCUGGCCGCGCUGCCCGGGUGCGCGCCGCAGCUGCGGAUCCUCAGCAUCAAGCAAACAGAGGUGUCGGACGUGUCUGCGCUGUCUGAGCUGACGGGCCUGCAGACGCUCAACCUGGACGGCACAGGUGUGACUGAGGCCUCGCUGGCUCAGCUGGGCGCCCACCCGGCACUCUCGUCCCUCAGCCUGGCGGGGGUGCGCGUGUCGGACGGCAACCGCACCCUGCAGAUCAUAUCGGGACUGCCUUUGACUCACCUGACGCUCCCGGGGCGCCACUCGGUCACGGACGGCGGCCUGGCGUUCCUGUCGCGGCUGCAGCUGCUGGCGGAGCUCGACUUGACAGAUUACACACAAGUCACGGACCAGGGAGUACAGCACCUCUGCACUAUGAUCAGGUUAAAGAAGCUGUCGCUGAGCAACACUCAGGUGACGGACGCGGGGCUCCCCGCCUUGCGCCCCCUGCUGGAGCUGCAGGAGCUGUGCUUGGACCGCACGGCGGUCAGCAGCCGAGGAGUGGCGACGCUCAUCACCUGCCUGCCGCACCUCCAGGUGUUAGGCUUGGCCAGCACUCAGGUCGGCGACAACGUCGCGAGGCGAGGUCUCAUCCACUGUCCUCAGCUGCUCAAGUUGAAUCUCAGCCGCACCAGAAUCACAGAUAACGGCGUGAAGUUCCUGGCAUGCAUGCGUCUGACUCAGGUGAACCUGGACGGCACCGGCGUGAGCCUGUCGGGCAUCGCCGGCCUGCUGGCCUCCACGCACAUCAGCAGCAUCCGCGCCAGCAACACGCGGGCCGUGCCCCUCGACGACGUGUCCGACGACGACUGGGAGGCUCUCUCGUAGCAGCGAAAAACGUUCCCCGUCUUACUCAGUCUCCACCUUUGCACUGUUGGCGCUGAUGUCAAUCAAGCAUGCUUAAAAAUGUUAACAACACAAACCUUGCAGCCAGCUUGAAAUCAAUUUAAGGGGUCCUCGGUUUAUCACACAGUUCAGUUCCUAUUUUGACCAUAACUGGUAUUAAAAAUGCUAUGUAUCAAGUUGAUCCUUUAAAAAAAAAUCGAGAAUUAUGGUAUUGAAACUAAGAUUUAACUGUUAUGUUCAUUUCUCAGGAGCAGCAAAUGCGUUCCUGGGUCAGUUUGACACAGUAGUUGUGGUCAAUAACUAAGGUCCAUAAUUACACCUUCAGUGCCAUAGAUAUAAAACAAUCCAAUGUAAAACGGUGAGUACACAGCUUGUCAAGUCGGACCAUUUGAAACAGGGCCCUCAGUAUUCCAAAAAGGUUUUAAUGCUGUGUUACCUCUAGAAAGCAAAGAACACUCACACCACAUUUAAACAUACGUUAAGUGCUAAGUAGCUUUGUCAUUUUAUGUUCAUUGUACAACACAACAAGGACCUUGGUUGGGUUUUCCUAAUUCCAUGUUUUGGGUUGCAUUAAAAUGACAAUCCAGCAUUUUGUUUCUAAUUGUCACUUACCUUGACAGCAGUUUUCUUGAUCCUUUUCCUUCAAUAAAAAAAAAAAGCCAUAGCAACAUUUUU